GACCCGUGCUUCCGCGGCCUCCUGGCUGGGGAUCGUGGCUGCUGCUCGCGGUAUGCGCCUCCGCCUGCUUCUGCUGCUCGCCCUGUGCGGGGCGGGGCCCACUGCCGCAGCCCGCAGCCUCAGCUUGCGGGGAAGCUGGAGGAUCCGCAGCGGGAACGGCUCGCUGGAGCUGCCGGGGAGGGUCCCGGGUUGCGUGCACAGCGUCCUGUUCCAGCGGGGCCUCAUCCAGGAUCCUUACUACAGAUUUAAUGACCUUAAGUACAGAUGGAUCUCCUUGGAUAACUGGACCUAUAGCAAGAAAUUUCAAAUCCCCUUUAACAUUAGCAAAUGGCAAAAAGUAAACCUGAUUUUUGAGGGUGUUGAUACAGUUGCAAAAAUCCUGCUAAAUAGUGUUCCUAUUGGGAAAACAGACAACAUGUUCAAAAGAUAUAGCUUUGAUAUUACCACUGUGGUUAGAAAUGUGAACUCCCUUGAGCUGCGUUUCCAGUCCCCAGUGUUGUAUGCCGCCCAGCGGAGCAAAGCUCACACUAGCUACUGGGUGCCUCCAGACUGCCCUCCUCCUGUGCAGAAGGGCCAAUGCCACGUCAACUUCAUUCGAAAGGAGCAGAGUUCCUUUAGUUGGGACUGGGGGCCGUCCUUCCCUACCCAGGGCAUCUGGAAAGAUGUCAGAAUCGAAGCCUAUAAUAUUUGUCAUCUGAACUUCUUCACGUUUUCCCCUAUCUACGAUAACCAUACCCAGGGGUGGAAUCUUGAAAUAGAGUCUUCUUUUGAUGUUGUCAGCCCAAAGCCAAUUUCUGGUCAAGUGAUAGUAGCCAUUCCUAAACUGCAAACACAGCAGACGUACAGCAUUGAACUUCAACCUGGGGAAAGGAUUGUUGAGCUAUUUGUGAAAAUUAAUAAGAAUGCUACUAUAGAAACGUGGUGGCCUCAUGGACAUGGAAACCAGACUGGAUAUAAUAUGACAGUUCUUUUUAAGUUGGAUGGAGGCUUAAGUAUUGAAAAAUCAGCUAAGGUUUAUUUUAGGACAGUGGAACUUAUAGAAGAGUCCAUUGAAGGGUCUCCAGGUCUGAGUUUCUACUUCAAAAUUAAUGGAUUGCCCAUAUUUCUGAAAGGCUCAAACUGGAUCCCAGCAGAUUCGUUCCAGGAUCGAGUAACCUCUGACUUGCUACGGCUUCUUUUGCAGUCUGCUGUGGAUGCUAACAUGAAUACUCUCCGGGUUUGGGGAGGAGGAAUAUAUGAGCAAGAUGAAUUCUAUCAACUCUGUGAUGAACUGGGAAUAAUGGUAUGGCAGGAUUUUAUGUUUGCCUGUGCUCUUUAUCCGACUGAUCAGGGCUUCCUGGAUUCAGUGAGAGCAGAAGUUGCUCACCAGAUCAGGAGACUGAAAUCUCAUCCUUCCAUCAUCAUAUGGGGUGGAAAUAAUGAAAAUGAAGCAGCGCUGAUGAUGAACUGGUUUAAUAUACACACCAGUGAACUGCAUACCUACAUCAAUGACUAUGUGGUUCUGUAUGUGAAAAAUAUUCGACAGAUUGUUUUGGCAAGAGACAAGACUCGUCCUUUUAUCAUAUCCAGUCCUACAAAUGGGGCCGAAUCUAUUGAAGAAGGCUGGCUGUCUGCCAACCCCUAUGACAAGAAUUUUGGUGACGUACAUUUUUAUGACUAUAGCAAUGAUUGCUGGAAUUGGAAAAUUUUCCCCAAAGCUCGAUUUGUAUCUGAAUAUGGAUAUCAGUCCUGGCCUUCCUUCAGUACAUUAGAAAAGGUUUCAUCUGAAAAGGACUGGUCUUACAACAGCGAAUUUUCACUUCAUCGACAACAUCAUGCAGGUGGAAAUAAUGAAAUGCUGCUUCAGAUUGGAUUUCAUUUCAAACUCCCAAAAAACACAGAUCCAUUACAGACAUUCAAAGAUACCAUUUACCUUACUCAGGUGAUGCAGGCGCAGUGUGUCAAAACAGAGACUGAAUUCUACCGCCGCAGUCGCAGCGAGAUAGUGGAUGGAAAAGGACACACCAUGGGCGCACUUUAUUGGCAGCUGAAUGAUAUCUGGCAGGCUCCCUCCUGGGCUUCCCUAGAUGAAUUCAACCAUGUGGAAGGCUGGCCCAAGAGGGUGCCUCCAUGGAGAGGCUCACCAUCUUCUACCCGUUACCGAAAGCAAGAGCCUGGGAGAAGGUGUGACAGGUUAUGCUGUGUGUGUUCUUGCUCUGGGCAGCCUCAUAGCCUCUGUUUAAUUCUGCUUCAAUGGCUCAAUAAAUCUGGUGUGCAGGUGGGGUAGGGAAAAGUAUGUGUCACCUCUUAUCACCUGAAAUAGCGAUACCUCAAAGGUAUCAUAGCUGCUUGGAACCGAAAGAUUCUUAUAUAUUUCCUUUUAAACAAUAAGCCUCAUUUUUAGUUACAAUUUUGCAAAUACAGAAAUCCACCUGGACAUUGUAUUUUGCUUGGCUCAUCAACUUGGACAGUUACAGAGCUAAUGGAAAAGCCAGAAAUCACAUAGCAUUUUUAGCUGAUUAUGUAGGAUAUUAUAUUGGUAUCCAUACUUUGUCACUGAUUAGCAACUAGUGUGUGUCCUAGUGAGACCUUUUGUUUCCAUUGCUGUUCUCCUGUAUUCUGCGUGUGACCAUGAAGUUAGAACUGCGCACGUGAGGUCUCCCCUGUAAUGGAUACCACAUGUGAGAGUGUGCAUGUCACCUCAGGUCUGAGCCAUCUUCCAUUUAUGAGAAAGCUUUCCAAAUACAGUUGACCCUUGAACAACAUGGGGUUGAACUGUGUGGGUCCAGUAAUAUUAGGAUUUUUUUGGUAAAUACAGUACAGUACUAUAAAUGUAUUCUGUCUUCCUUAUGACUUUCUUAAUAUUUUCUUUUCCCUAGCUUACUUUAUAGUAAGAACACAGAGUAUAAUAUAUACAAUACACAAAAUAUGUGUUAAUUGAGUUUAUGUUAUUGGUAAGGCUUCUGGUCAAUAGUAAGCUAUUAGUAGUUAAAUUUUGGGGGAGUCAAAAUUAUACACAUAUCUGACUGCACAGGGUUUGGUGCAUAUUAACCCCCAUAUUAUUCAAGGUCAAUUGUGUAAGUUCUAGUUCAUUUUAUAGAUCUAAUAGGAGAGGCCUGUCCACCCCUCCCUGUUUGUUGUUUUUAAGGGGAACUAUUAUGAGUUGUGACUGGAGGGUUGAGAGUUGAAAUUUGCAAAAUUGGAAGAAAUUCUUUCUAUUUGAACUUCAAACCACAUUCCUACAUGUCAGCAGCGUGCACUGUGAAUUCUGGACAUGACAUCUCCCCCCACACCCCACCCCCUCACCCCUCCUCCCCGCUUCCCUUCCUGCCAUCUCUCUUGAAGUUGUUCAGAAGUGCAGUGCUUUGUGGGGAAAGAUCUUCUUUCCGAAAUAGAGGCAUGUUGAACAUAUAUUUUAGUUUGUGGAUUAAGCAUACCACACAUGCCAACAGGGCACAGAAAUAAUAGAUUCUCAAAAGCUUCUAAUUGUAUCUGAGCAACUGCCAUGAAUUGUCAUCUGUGUGUUCUCCAGUCUACAUUUGCCAGAGGUAUUUGUGAUAAUGGUGGUUUUAUUUCACUCAGAGGAUUUUGUGUGUAUGGGAAAGGAGACUGUGAGUUUUAAAUAACUCUUUCUGUUACUUUUUAAUUUUUUUUCAGUGUUCUAUGCUUUUUUCAGGUGUACUGUGUAGUGAUUCGACAUUUGUGUACAUUACAAAGUGCCCACCAUGAUUAAGUGUAGUUACGAUCUGUCACCAUAUAAAGUUAUUACAAUAUUAUUGACUGUGUUCUCCAUAACUCUUAUAAAUGAAUAUUUAUAAUAUUUGAUACAAUUGUAACAUUUUCUUACGAUUACUAAUAUAUGUAACAUUUUUAUUGCCGCCCUACUGAUUUCCAUCUUCAUGUGUAUGUAGUAAAAAGGACCUUUGGUACACUGAGCUCCUGGAAGCAGAAUUAUGUAUGAGAAAGUGCUACCUAGGAGUCAGGUCUGGGCUCAAAGUACUGCCUGAUUUAAUGUUUGAUUAAACGUUUGAUUAAAAUUAAAUGUUUGAUUUAAUGGCUUGAGCCUCCGUUUCCUCAUUUGUAAGGUAGAUGUUAAAGAUGUAAGAAUGCCAUGAGGUAAUGUCCAGAAUGUUCCGAGCCCUCAACAAAUGUGCGUUCCUGCCCCUGUGGACUCUCCCUCCUGUGCCCAGUCCCUGGAAUCCUGACAAGUCAGACACAGCUGGACCACGGGCAGGAUAACCCUGACUGUCUCACCCUGGCCGUGUCUUAACUUUCCUAUUUUUAGAAUAUGGUGGAAAGUGGAAAAUGCUUCAUUACUUUGCUCGACAUUUCUUCGCUCCACUGUUGCCAGUGGGAUUUGAGGAUCAAGAUGCGUUUUUCAUCUAUGGUGUGUCAGACCUUCACUCUGACUGUAAAGCGACU